AUGGAAAGAGGCCAGAGGGCCAUUGGCUGGUUUCAGUUCUUUGGCAUCCUAGGCCUGAGGCCCCUGCAGGGGGACUUCGCACAGUAUGAUCCGGACACGAAACGGGGCGACGGCUCUGCAGCCCCAGAAGACCCGCGGAGUCCCGAGCACCCUGCAGCCGCUGAGGACCCCCAGAGCGCUGCGCGCCCCGAGCUCCCGCAGCUCCCGCGCCGCCCGCAGCUCCUGGAUGAGGACGCGGGGCCCGGCGAGGACGAGGCCGCGGCGGCCGCUGAGGACGGCGAACGGGAUCCAGGGAACCCCGCGCUCAUACCGGGCGAGCCUGGGCCCAAGGCGGCGGGUGGCGCGAUGCCCCCCAUCGGGUUCGUAGGUGAACCUCCGCCCUACGCGCCGCCAGACCCCAAAGCCGUGGCGCUGCUCUACCCGCCCUUCCCGCAGGUGCCCGUGCUUUUCCAGCCCGCACCCGCGCCCUCGCCCGCCGCGCUCUACCCGCCGCCACCCGGCCCGCUCUUCCCGCCGCCCACCGCCGCCGGAGCCGCCUUCCCCUUCCCUGCGUACAGCAGCCCCGUGGUGGCUGGGCCGACGCCCACUGUGGAGCAUAGGCCACUGCCCAAGGACUUCAUGAUGGAGUCGGUGCUGGUGACCCUGUUCUGCUGCCUGCUAACCGGGCUUAUCGCCAUCGUGUACUCCCACGAGACCCGUGCAGCCCUGGGCAGGGGUGACCUGGCCCAGGCGGAGGAGGCCUCGCGGAAGGCCCGCUCGCUUGUGCUCUUCAGCCUGCUCUUCGGGGUCUUUGUGUCCACCAGCUGGGUCAUCUAUGUGGUGGUGGCACUCUACCUCCCCUGAAGGGGUCACUGGCCAGGCUGCUCCCUUCCUGUGGACUCUGAUCCCCACUGUGGCCAACUGCUGUCUACAGGGGUAAAGGCAAGAGCGAACGAUGCGGCCUGCAGCAGGCUAUGUUUGAGCCUUGAGCCCCACUGAGCCCUCAGGUGGAUCCUAAUCUGAGAGACGGGCUCCCAGCAGAACCCCCAGUCUUCCUGGAACCUCUGCCUUCACCUUUACCUCUGGGAUCACAACCACCAGGGGACUGACAUGCUCAUUAUCUUCAGAAUUGUCUGAAGGACAUGGCCAGUUCCGGGAUUGGCUGCCAAUGUGCACACUCCCUGGAAAGAGUUGAGAGGAACACAGCUCCUCUCUUCCCAGUUCUCUUGCCCAUGCUGAGAGAAAUCAAAUCAGCCAGCAGGAAGCAACACAGCAUGCUGUGUGUAACCUGCCAUUGCUACUGUGGAGGAAUACUUUGGCUUUCUUGCUUCUCCCAUCUGUGUGCAGCAGAACCACAGUCUGAGUGGCCCUGGGCACACAGGCCCCAAAAUGGGUUGGCCGAGUCUCCAUUUGGGAAAGACUGCCCUGACUAGAGAGCAUUCAGAGCCCAGGCCCUUCCCGCCCACAUGGCCACACGCCUACUACAGAGAGAUACACAGGUACCCUCACGGUCCUGAGAAAGGCCUUCCAUUUUCACAGGAUUCACAUCUGUUUGCAGAGAGAGAGAGAGGGAGAAAGAGAGAGAGAGAGAGAGAGAGACAGAGAGAGAGAGA